AUGGCUAGGGUGAUGAUGAGUGCAAAAAAUUUGUCUAAAAGGUUUUGGGCUGAGGCUGUCAACACAGCCUGUCACAUCUCAAACCGUGUGUAUCUAAGAUUAGGAUCUAUGAUGACUUCAUAUGAAAUUCUUUAUGCUGAAGAUGAAGUUGAUGACUUGAUUGCUGAAAGGGAAACAACAGAAGAAGACACUUCUGCCACAGAAAGCCCAGACACAAACAGUCCAAUCUUAAGAGAAGAAGGUGCUGAGCCAAGUGUCACCACAUCUGACUCAACACAUCCUACAGAGACUGAGUUGCAACCAACCCUAGAUGUCUGCAGAAAGGAACCAUCAAGCAGAAUCCAGAAAAAUCACCCAUCAACUCAAGUAGUGGUGGAACCCAGGAAUAUUGCAGAAGCUCUGAAAGAUGAAUUCUGGGUAAAUGCAAUGCAUGAAGACUACAUUGAGCCCGGCGACGAGCUGAACCCGAUUGACCCAGACAACUUUGAUUUUGUGGGUCCCUCUUCCACCGCCGGAAGAUUUCCAACGCGCCGGUCAAAGCGCACGAACCCGUUUCCAGAUCUGAACACUGCGGUGCCACAACGCCGAAGAGGAGAAAACUCUCCCCGGAGAGGAAGCAGAGGUGGAAGAAGAGGAAGCAGAGGUGGCCGCACUCCAGUCCAGUCAAACCCACGAAGAGGUCUUCAUCUGGUAGAUGAAGAAACUGAUGACGAAGCAGGGGAUCCUACCUUUGCUGCACCACAGGCUCAAGCCUUGUCCUCCAGCUCCUCUGAGUCUUCAUCCAACAACUCACCUUCUCCAGCAUCAACUCAGGGGGAGACGUCGCAGCCCAGCAUGGCAACAGCAGCCUCUCAACAUUCUGUUCCUGAAGGUGUUGCUGCACCUGUUUCAGAAGGUGUUGCUGCACCUGUCUCUGAAGGUGUUGCUGCACAUGCUCCAGAAGAUGCUGCUGCACCUACUGUUUCAGCAAAUGUUCCUCAGAAUGCUGCUGAGGAUGCUGCCCCUUAUCAGGAUGAAGAAAUGCAUGAUUUCUCUGGAAUGUCAUCAGCAGAGCAUGUAGACAUUCCAUUUGUCGAUGCUCAGGAGUUCACCACUACAGAAGAAACUCCAUCAGCACCUCAGGGAGAUCCUCUGGAAACCCUGGCAGAAGCAGCAGCUCAAGCAGAUACAAUUCCUCCUCAGGCUGAAGAAUCAGAGAAAAGUGAAGACAGUUGGGAGGUUCCACUGGCUACUUUUCGCAAAAACUUGUCCUCUUCUGAUUCCGACAGUGAAUCCUCUGAAGACUCUUCUCAGCAGGAAGAAGGUGUUGCCCCACGUGCUGCAUCACCUGAACCAGCAUAUGUCCCUGAUGAGCUUGAAGAUUCAGAAGAUGAUGAUUCCUCAGAAGAAGAAGAACCAGACCUGGAUGGGAAGAACUUGUCAACCCCUUUUGAGGUAACAAAUGCCUUCAGUCCUAAUUUCUAUUUUGAGUCUGAUUCAUUGUUGAGUCCUCAAGUCAUGAAUUGUCAUUUCAUUGAGGAGAAGAAAAUUUCUAAGGAAGAAUUUGAUAAGCAUAGGAUAACAGCUUUUCUUCACCAAAGAAAAAUCCUUAACCUAGUUGAGAUUGCCUGCUCUUAUGAUCCCUUGGUUGUGAAAGAACUCACAGUGGCUAAUUGGAUUCCAUCCAAAAAUGUCUCUGUGGUAACUAAGCCUCAUGCUGUACUCAUGUACAAAUUGGGGAUGGGUUUACCAGUGGAUUUUGGCAAACUGUUCUUUGAUACUACUGGUCAUCUUGCCCAGAAAAUUUCACCCUCCACUCACCUCCCCUAUCCUUCUCUCAUCUAUUCCAUCUUACUCUCUCAAAACUUGGGCCAAGAUGACUCAGAAUAUCUUCACACCCCACAAGGUCAAAAUAACAUUGGUACUGAGGGUGUUGCACCUCAUGUUGACAACACUUCUAACCUUCUUGUGUCUGUUCCUAGAGAUCUCCUAUUGCAGCAGCUUACUCAUUCUCUAGCUCAGAUUACCUAUCAUCAGUCCAUGGUGGAGCUGAUUCAGAAGGCUCUUUCUGAUCAAAAAGGGGGAGAAAAAGAUCAUGAAACUGAAGCAGGAACAUCUCAUCCUUUGGAUGUUAGAGGCAGAGAGCAAGGAGUCAAUGAAGAGGAAGCAAAGAAAGAGGGGGAAGCUCAAGAAGAAAGCAGUGGAUCUAGUGAUGGAGGAGGAGCAGCAGCUGAAAUCGAGGAAACCUUGGAGACUUUGGAUAUUUUACUUUAG